UAAUAAACCCUUUGGAUGAAGCUCCACCCCUCGCAUGACUCACCUGAAGACACACCGGGGAACACAAGGUGUGUUUCUGUGGAAUCAAGAGAGAGAGAGACACCUUCACUCACAUCGUCCACUGAGAGCCGACAGGUGCAGGAGGCUGAGCUGGAAAACUGCUGCCUUCACACUCUGAAUCGUGACGAAUCCAGGAAGGACUCGUCGUUCCUGCUGGAACCCGAUCGAGUAGCCAACGUCAUCGUCUUCAAAGGUGUAUGUUUCUACGAGCGUUCGACAAACACAAUGGCUUCCAGAUCAGAGGAUCUCUCCUGCUCCAUCUGCCAGGACGUCUUCAAGGAUCCGGUUGUCCUGUCCUGUAGCCACAGCUUCUGUAAAGACUGUCUGAAGAGAUGGUGGAGAGAGAAACUAACUCAGGAGUGUCCAGUUUGUAACAGAAGAUCCUCAAGGAGUGAACCGCCUGUUAGUUUGGUGAUAAAGAACCUGUGUGAGUCCUUCUUACUGCAGAGAGACCAGAGAGCUCCAGAGACUCUCUGCAGUCUGCACUCUGAGAAACUCAAACUCUUCUGUCUGGACCAUCAGCAGCCGGUGUGUGUCGUCUGCAGAGAUUCAAGGAGACAUACGGACCAUAGUUUCAAACCCAUCAAUGAAGUUGCACAAGAUCUCAAAAAGGAGCUCCAGAAAUCCCUGAAGCCCUUAAAGGAGAAAUUGAAGGUGUUUGAACAAGUCAAAGGAAACUGUGAUAAAACAGCAGAACACAUGAAGGUCCAGGUCCAAUGCACAGAGAGGAAGAUUCAGGAUCAGUUUAAGAAGCUUCACCAGUUUCUAGAGGAGGAAGAGGAGGCCAGGAUCUCUGCUCUGAGGAAGGAAGAGGAGCAGAAGAGUGGGGUGAUGAAGGAGAAGAUGGAGGCUCUGAGCAGAGGGAUAGCAGCUCUUUCAGACACAGUCAGAGCCACAGAGGACGAGCUGAGAGCUGAAGACGUCUCGUUCCUCAACAACUACAAGGCUGCAGUGGAAAGAGUCCAGCAGCGCCCCCUGCUGGAGGAUCCACAGCUGCUCUCAGGAGCUCUGAUAGACGAGGCCAAACACCUGGGCAACCUGACCUUCAACAUCUGGGACAAGAUGAAGGACCUGGUCUCCUACACUCCUGUGGUUCUGGACCCAAACACUGCUCAUCCAGACCUCAUCCUGUCUGAAGACCUGACCAGUGUGAGACGCGGAAAAACACAGAAGCUUCCCGAAAACCCCGAGAGGUUUGAUUCCACGUACCCCGUCCUGGGCUCUGAGGGGUUUAACUCGGGGAUCCACAGCUGGGACGUUGAGGUCGGGGACAGUCCGACCUGGUUUCUGGGCGUGGCAAAGGAGUCCGUGGAGAGGAAAGGGGUCACGUGGUCUAGAAUGUGGAGAAUAGGGUUCUCUAGUGGUACAUAUAAAGUCUUCGCCCCGUCGAACCAAUCGGUAACCUUCACGAUGAUGAAGAAGCUCCGGAGGAUCCGAAUCUUCCUGGACUGGAAAAGAGGAUAUCUGUCGUUCUCCGAUCCUGACGCCAACACACACAUUUACAGCUUCACACACAAGUUCACCCAGAAGCUGUUUCCAUACAUUAGCACCAGCAAUAAAUUCCCCAUUAAGAUUCUACCGCAGCUGGAUUACGGUGGCGGUGGCUGUUGGUGGUGACCGGCACUCGCCCUCUGAACGGGAGGUCGGCCGCGAAGUGUCACCGUGUUUGUUGAUUUAGACUUUCAAUGAUUCGUCAGAUAAAACUGAAAUAGAUUUUCUUAAAAAAAAUUUUUUGUUGCUUUGAUGGGGUUGUUGUGUGUGUGUGUGUGUUGAUUGCCAGUGGGAUGUUAUUGUUUUUAUUAUUAUUUUUCACAAGCUUUAUUACUGCGUCACACAUAAGGAGCAGAUUUUAAGUGAUUUUAACUCAUUAAAAGUG